AUAAGGAGAAGUUUAAAAGAAUACAGCAAAACUUUGUGAAGUUCAUAACUUUUACUUCGCUGUUGAAAUAUAACUCAUAACAAUCACUUUACAUAAAAAUUACAUCUUAAAAGUGAUCUUUACCCACUCCUGGGAAUGAGAGCUUGGGACACCCAGGGACAGCUGAACGAACUCCCCUGACACUGAGCAGCAUCCUGAUGCUGAGGGCACAGAGCCACAGGGAAGCACAGCCCCAACACGUGGUGCCAGUCCACAUCCUGGGCACAACACAAGGAGGAGGGAGAAGAGCAGUGGGGUCCAUGGAGUAACCCCAAAAGAGCAUUCCCUCAUCUCUCUGAGCCCUCACUGUCCUCCUCCAGCUCCACCACACAUCCCAACACCUCUCCUGUGCCACUGCAGUGCUCCUGCUCCCCUCAUCUCCACCAAGGAUGGCCCAGGAAGGGACAAGUCACUGCAGUCCAUAUGGAAGAAGAAGGACAAGAUGGAGCCAUCUCUGCCCAAAGUCAGGCAGCCCAGAGCACCUCAGGGUGUCCCUGCAUCCCCAGCCUGUGGGACACCCCAGCCCCAAGGCUCCCUUGAUGAGAGAACAGAAGAAACAAACAGAGGGAAGAGUGCAGGGUCACCUUUCCCAAAGGAAAACAGGUCCAGGGGAGAUGGGAUCAGCCCUGGGAUCACCUGCACACCCAGGUGCUCUGUGCAAAAGUAGCCAACACAGGACAGGGCAGCCCAGAGUCUCACACUGCAGGGUGUGGGGAAGGGGCCACGUGUACCACUGAGCUCUUGGAAAACCCUGGGCAGAGGCAAGGCCACCACAGCCACAUCCCAGCUCCUGCUGGACCCCCCUGAAGUGCUUGGGUGGCCCUGGCUCCCUCUGGCAGGAGUAGGCACCUAUGUGCCCUUCUCCAGCCACAUGUGGGCAUUGGCCCCCACCACGGCCCUGGGGCACCCACCACCAGCCAAAAAUACAAAAAAAAAAAGAAUUCCUAAAAUAAACCUCUGCAGCUUCAAACCAUAAACACAACAAUCUAAAACAGCAUAAAGCAAAAGGCUCCUAAAUCCUCACGCAUGCAUUUCGUGGUUGUACAUGGCACAGCCAAACUGCCCUGGACUUUCCUGAGUACAGAAAGCACCACCAGCAUCCAAGGCAAGGCCACAGCCAAGGCAGCAGCCAGGAACACGCACCCAAACAGGCCAAGGAUGGGAACACAAGGAGAACAAACACUGCCAGGGACUCAGAGACACCCAGUGAUGAGGGUUACAGGAGAGGGAGCACCUUAUCCCUCGGGGACUGAGGGGCAGGGGAUGUCCUGGGGGAGUCGGUGCUCAGGGUUGGGGGGCAGCAGAGCUGCCCAGCACCCACUGGCAGCACCAUGGCUCAGGGGCUGCCCACCAGCUGUGCCUCAGGACGGACCCUGCCCGUUCCCAGAGCAGGGCCAGGUGUCCCUGCCAUGUCCCUGCCAUGUCCCUGCCAUGUCCCUGCCAGCACACGAGGGGCAGAUGUGGCCAUUCCCAGGCAGGACGGGGAGUGCGAUAAGAGGGGCAGUGGGGCUGAGGAGCCCCACAGCGUGGGACAGUCCCCACAUGGCAGUGGCAGGCGGGGUCACUCCAAGGUCCCCGCGGUGCAGACACCAUAAGAGGGGUGAGCGGCCCCGAUGUGACACCUUUGGUCAGCACAGCCAUGCUGGGAGCCGUCUGCCUCGUCCUGCUGCUGGGCUACGCCUACGGAUGCGGCCAGCCGGCCGUGCCACCACAGCUGAGCUCCCGCGUGGUGGGCGGUGAGGACGCCGUAGCCCACAGCUGGCCAUGGCAGAUCUCCCUGCAGUACAGCCGCUCUGGAUCCUGGCACCACACUUGUGGAGGGACCCUCAUUGCCCCCCAGUGGGUGCUGACAGCUGCCCACUGCAUCAGCUCCUCCAUGACCUACCGUGUGGUGCUGGGCAAGCAGGACCUGCUGACAGAAGACGAGGAAGGCUCUGUGGCCGUGGCAGUGGAGAAGACGAUCGUCCAUGAGAAAUGGAACUCCUUCCUUGUCCUCAACGACAUUGCCCUGGUCAAGCUGGCAGAGGAGGUGCAGGAGAGUGACACCAUCCGUGCCUCCUGCCUGCCCGACGCUGACAAGAUCCUGCCCAACGACUACCCCUGCUACGUCACCGGCUGGGGACGCCUCAGGACCAACGGGCCCCUGGCUGAUGCCCUGCAGCAGGCCCUGCUGCCCGUGGUGGAUCACGAGACCUGCUCCAAGUGGGACUGGUGGGGCAGCAUGGUGCGCACCACCAUGGUCUGUGCUGGCGGCGACGGCGUCGUCUCUGGCUGCAACGGCGACUCUGGCGGCCCCCUGAACUGCCAGCGUGAGGACGGCACCUGGGAGGUGGAAGGCAUCGUCAGCUUCGGCUCCGGCCUCAAAUGCAACAUGAUCAAGAAGCCCACAGUGUUCACCAGGGUGUCUGCCUACAUUGACUGGAUCAACGAGAAAAUGAGCUCCAACUGAGGACACAGCGUGGAGCACGAGCAUUGAGAGAUAAAGGCAAUAGUGCUGAGCUGGUCUCAUGUGGUUCUUUCGAGGGGAUGCAAUAGAGCAGAACAAGGGGGCUGCAUCUUGUGGUCCUGGGUUUCUGCCUGUGUGCUGGGGAGAGCCCCCACAUCAUGGGCAGGGUCCUGGGGAGCCUCAGGUGGGCAGAGAUCCCCACAAGGUGCUCCCAGCUGGGAGAAGAGCCAUGGCCAUUGCCAAGCCAAAGGGUUCAAGGCUUGAUGGGAGAGUGGCUGCAAUCUGGUCUGGUGGUCCUGGGGCCUCUAGGGAACUUGGGGGGGUGGCUGUAGGGCCCCUAGUUGGCCCAAGGAGGUUUUAGGUGUCUUGGCUGGCACUGGGAUGUUUCAGGGGAUCUUGCUGGUAACUGGACUACUUGAUGGCAGCAGAUUUAUAAUGGGGGUGUUGAGGAGACUGGGCUGGUCCUGGGGGUCAUCCUGCAGCCCCACCACAUUCCCACCACCACCUGUGCUGCUGGAGUGCUCACACUGUUCCCACCUCUGCCAGGGGUGCCCUGGGGAAGGAGCAGCCACUGCAGGCCAUGUCAUGGACAGGAGAGGGACAAGGCUGAGCCAUCUCUGCCCAAAGCCACCCCCACCCAGCCAGGGUGCCCACAGGACACCCCAGUCCCAACACUUCCUCAGUGAGAGAAGCAGGGAAAUAAAAAGGGGAAGAGUGCAGGGCCACCUUUCCCAAAGGAGAGCAGCUCCAGGGGAGAUGGGAUCAGCCCUGGGAUCACCUGCACACCCAGAUGCUCUGUACAAAACUGCACAACAUGGGACAGGGCAGCCCAGAGCCCCACUCCCCUGGGGGAUGGAGAAGGGGAAUAGAGAAGGAGACAACCAUGAGCUCUCACAAACACCUGAGCACAGGCAAGGCCAUCACAGCCACACCCCAGCUCCCGCUGGACCCUCCUGGGGGUGCUCAGGGCAGCCCUGGCCCCCUCCUGCAGCACCUUCAAAGCACCUGAAAUGCUCCCAAAGGAGUAUGGAAAUAGUCUGUGACUGCAAAAGCAGAUUGAAUAUUCCCACGUCCCCUGGGAAUCCCCAAACACCCCUCAGGCCUUACCCCAAGGCCUCUGCACCUCCCAAGGGUGUCUCCAAGGAUGGUUUCCCCCUCA